AUGAGUGAUCAUAAUCCUGCCCAUGAAGACGAGAAAGAAACCGCACCCUGGGUCAUGCAUUUCGAAACCGAGAGCUACCCUCCCAACGACUCUGCAGAGCUUGGCCCAAGAUUCUUCGAAGACAUUAUCGACUCCGUCGAGCCAAAUACCCAUCAAGUUGUCUUGUCUCCCAAUUCCCCCACGCCUACCGCGACUCCUAGCACUGUCGAAAACACCGAGCCUACCCAAACCACCAGUAGUGCAACCCUGGUAAACGAUGAUGCCGAGUCUACACCAGCUUCAGGAAUCAUUAAACAAGAGGAUGGGGAGAAAUCACAGCGCGUUACGAAGAGACGCCGGAGUCGCAACUCACCGGAGCCGGACUACUCCCAGAUCAUCCUGGAGCUCAACAAGAAGCGCAAACGCACGGGACAAGCUUGUGACCGGUGCCGGGUGCGAAGAUACAAGUGCGACCCAAACCGCAGGGGCUGUUUCAAUUGCGGAGCCGCUGGCAUGGUGUGCAAAGUGACCGACUGCGUCACUGGGGAAACUUACGUCCGUGGCGCUGCUGGCCGAAUGGCGGCCGAGAUCGAAGGGCUGAAAGCUCGAGUUGCGGACCUGGAGCGAGAGAACGAGGAGCUCCAACGCAACACCAAGCCUCGAUUCAGCUUCGAGCACACUAGCCCAGGAUUCCCGUCUUCCAUAGCGAUGCGUGCCCAGAAUCACACACCUGUCACUUGGGAGCAGAGGAUUUUCCUUCUGCAGCAAGAGAACAACAAGCUCCGACAGCAGACGGCCGUGCUCCGCGAGAACAAUCAGACACUACUCAAGAAGGUCGAGGAGCAAGAUUCCAUGAUCUCCAUGAACGAUGAUAUGACCCUCUUCAAUACCAAGUACAACUGGCCGCUCUAG